AAACGCGACGACGCGAUGAUGACGACGACGACGAUGACGGGGAUCGAGACGGGGAUCGGGACGGGGACGGGGACGGGGAUGGAGACGGGGACGAGAGACGCGGCGCGAGAGAUGCGAAGUUUCCGAGGAGAAUGGUGGGGAAUCGGAUGGACGUGCACUGCGUGUCCGCGCCGAUUAAGUCGGCCGGUGGUUGAGUGGAACGCGAGGCACAAAGCGCAUUUUCUAUCGUUCGCGCGCGUGUCGCGUUUCGCGUUUGCGUUUCGCGCCGAGUGUCGGGCUCCUCCGAACGGACGCCUCAUCCUCGUUCUCUCGCACGCCGUGUGUCAGGUGUGCAGCCCUGCCGCGGCAGCACCGCGUCUUCUCGUUCGCGCCUUCCCGCCGUCGCGCCGCCGUCAACUCGCGCACCGCGCGAGGGUGCAUUCGCCUCCAGCCGUGAGGGCAGACUCGCCACCCUCGCACGCAACAAUGUCACCUAAAAAUAAGACGGAGAGCGAAUACUCAGUGGAAGAACAAUCUAGAUUAACAGGAAACGAUGGACCAGGUGGCGAUGAAGCUUCACCGGACGACGAAGGAGGUUCGCUCUGCGAGUACCACGACAUACCACCACCGCCGGACGGUGGAUAUGGCUGGGUGGUGGUAUUCGCAUCCUUUAUGUGUAAUAUGAUAGUGGACGGCAUCGCCUACACGUUUGGCGUCUUUCUGGGAGAAUUCGUUAAGUAUUUUGGGGAAGGAAAGGGCAAGACCGCCUGGGUUGGUUCGCUGCUCUCUGGAAUGUACCUCAGCGCUGGCCCCGUUGUCAGUGCUUUAACGAAUAAAUAUGGCUGUAGAGCAGUAUGUAUGGCAGGAAGUUUCUUAGGCGCCGCCGCGUUUGUACUUUCGACGUUUUCAAGCAGUGUAAAUAUGCUUAUGAUGACUUACGGUAUUAUGGGAGGGAUUGGAUUCGGUUUGAUAUAUCUACCCGCAGUAGUUUGUGUAGGCUAUUAUUUUGAAACCAAGAGAUCCCUAGCCACCGGCAUCGCUGUGUGCGGAUCGGGAUUCGGUACAUUCGCGUUCGCGCCUCUCGCAACCAUGUUGCUGGAGACGUACAGCUGGAAGGGAGCAAAUUUAAUCCUGGCUGGCCUCAUCUUAAAUUGCGCAGUAUUUGGUGCCAUGAUGAGACCACUGGAAUAUCCGAAAGCUUCCUCCGUUAAGCCGUUGCUGCAAAGAAUGGCUGAGGAGAAGAGAUUUCAAAUGGAACGUGGUAGUAUCGGUGGCUCGUAUUUUAUGGUGCAGCUACCGGACGGAUCCAUGGAAAAGAGAAUGAAAAUGCCCAUUAAUGUUGAUCCCGGUGUUCAUUCCAGCUUUAAUUUAGAUCAAUUAGCGUCUGUUCCGACAGUACCAACCCUUCCCACCAUAUCCGAAGUGAAGGUGCAGGAGCACUCCUCUAGUGGACAUACUAGUGAUAGCGGCAGUAUGGACUUAAAGAAUAUUUCCAACAAGAUCAAAAGCAAGAAAAGUAUCGAUGAAACCAAAGACACGAAGGACGCGGAGAAGCCCGAGAAUGAGUUUAAUAAGACGAUAAUCCCCAGGAAUGCGUCGCAGCCUGCUUUCACGACUCACGUUCAAGGUUUGCCUAAAAACGGCUCCGUGCCAUUUUUCGACAGAAUCCGUAAAACAAGUACCAGCGAACGCUACAAGCCUAGCCUUAGUGCAAUAAAGAAUUCUAGGACAACGCUUAAUUCCAACGGAGAUGUUAGAAAGAGCUUGCAUCUGAGACUUUCCGCGAGCAGCAUGUUGGGAUCGCGAAAUAAUAAUGCUGAGGAUGAUGGUGAGAGUAUAACUUUUACUACCAGUAAAGUUAGUAUGGCGGAGAAACCAAAGGAGAAACCAAUGAUGGUCCGUCCCUUGUCGAGAAAGGAUAUUUUCUAUAGUGGUAGCGUAGUCAAUUUACCAGAAUACCAAAGCCAGAAAUCCCUCGCCAAUUACCGCCAGAGUGUUAUGUCCAUCCCAAAAUCAGUACGUGGCGACUUGAAAGACAUCGAUAUUGAAAAAGCGCAACAACAACCUUUGUGUCCUUGCUUAGUAUUGCCCGACUCGUUUAAGGAAGCUUUAGCGACGAUGAUGGAUAUGUCUUUAUUAAAAGAUCCUGUUUUCCUUCUAAUUGGUAUUAGCAACGUGUUUGGUAUGGCUGGAUUGUAUGUUCCUUUUGUAUAUCUGGUGGAUGCCGCGGUCUUAGAUGGAAUUGAAAGCAACUCUGCGUCAUUCUUAUUAUCUAUUAUCGGAAUAACGAACACCAUCGGUCGUGUGGCUUGUGGAUACGUCGCUGACUUUCCGCAAGUUGAUUCCUUAUUGUUAAACAAUAUUUGCUUAAUUAUAUCUACAAUUGCAGUAGCCGCCACGCCAUUUUGCCAUACUUAUGCCGCUUAUAUCAUUAUGAGCAUAUUUUUUGGGAUAGCAAUAUCUGGAUAUAUCUCAUUAACAUCGAUCAUCUUGGUGGAUCUCUUGGGUUUAGACAAGUUAACGAAUGCUUUCGGCCUUUUAAUUCUAUUCAGAGGAGCUGCCGCUAUAGUUGGCUCACCCUUAGCGGGAGCUGUUUAUGAUGCGACGCAAAGUUAUAGUAUCCCGUUUUUCAUGGCAGGGUUUUUCUUCCUUGUAAGCACUGUUACUAGUUUCAUGGCCCCUGCUAUGAAACGGUGUACCACACCGCAGACUCAACCUGUGAUAUUAGAUACAUUGACUCCAAUCGACGAAGAUAUUGAAGAAGAGAAUGAAGAGGAUAUACCAGAGAUAAUAGAAACCGCGCCGUCACCCUUAGAGCCACCCGAGAAGGAGAUCAAGCAAAUAGAGUCUGUUUUAUAAGUACUUCUGAUCUUUUGUAAAUGGAUUAUAAAAUUGCCUUCACUCCGAGCCACACUGUGAUAGGGCUGCUACUUUUGAAGUCUUAAAAAGGUACUUCUUUGUUACACGUUUAAUCGAUAAAGCACAAAUUAGUGGCAUACCUGAUGGAAUUUUUAUCGUACUUACAGUUAGACUUAUACCAUUGUAUGUUUUGUCAUGUUUUUUUUUAUCAGAGCGACUAAAAUAUCGUUUGAUACACGCGCAAAAAUGCCAUCAGGUACAGAUACUUAUUGUUAGUUGCCUAUAUGUAAUAGUGAAUGAUAGAUAGAACGUUUAACCUAAUCAGUAUCGAUCAAGCAGUAUAUACAUUAAAGAAAAAAAAAAUUAAACUAAAAAAAAUGCUCUUGCACGUGCAUAUCGAGUAAUCUUAUAUAAAAUAUUAAUUUGUAUUGUAGAAAUACUAUAUAAUUCGACAAUUAUAUGGUAUGCAAGCAUACAAGGAUCGGUCAAGGUAUCGCUGAUUGGACGCUCGUUUUAAUGACGCUUAACAAUGUAUAGAUGAAUACUAACCAACUUAUCUACACACUUCACUUUGUUAACUGUAUUUCGCGAAAAAUCGUGUACACAAAACAACGACGUUUUUUUCCGAUCAACGUAUGAUUGACCAUCCUUGAUCGAGAAGAUCCCACCAAUGACCUAUCAUGUUAGUUAAAUCUAUUUUUGGCCGCAUCCAAAGAUACAACUCGAAUUAUAUUCAUGAUUCAGAGAGAUAUUUUCUUGCAUACUUGCGACAAAUGUGUAUAUAUAUAUAUAUACACACAUACAUACAUAUAAGUGAAAGAAAGAAUGUGAAUUAUUAAUUUUGCAUGCGACAAAUAUAUCGCUGUUGCGCAAGAUAAACUGUAAAUAAUUUAUAGAAAGUUACCUUACACAUAUAUAUGUAUGUAUAUACGUGUAUAUAUACAUAUAUAUAUGUGUGUGUGUGUGUGUGUGUGUGUGUAAUGAAUUCUAGAAUUAAGCUAAUAAGCUUUAGAAUUAAGCUAAGAAUAAAGCUCAUAAUUAUGAAAUUAUGAGUUCCCUGUACGCUGGAGUCUCGCUGAGACCUCGCGCAAUUAAUGUAUUCAUUAAAGGAUUAUUAACGCAUUGUUAGAUAGAACUUAAUUAAUAUAUUAAUUAUCCGAAACAGAGAAUUCUUAUUGAUGUGUAAAAAAACGCGUCUCGUCUGCUACAGCUAGUUCGUAUCAGAGAAUUUAUAAGCGUUUAGUUGAUGGAACUGACUGUGUCGUGCAGGAUAGGUACUUAGGAAGCAUGUUAAUACGAAAUUAAUUUCGGGCCGACGGAGAUGACCCGCACGAUGUCAAGAUGUGAUUUGCGAUUUUGUGUGUGUGUGUGUGUGUGUGUGUGUGGGGUGUGUGUGUGCGCGCGUGUGUGUUACAUGUAAGUAAUUACAUGGCGGUCAUUAUAGGAUCGAUGUAAUUAGAAUUUGCGAGAAGGAAUAUACGCCUACAGACGUACACGCAACAAAAAAAUGCAUUACUAUAUGCAUAUUAUAUGCAUCAUUAAAUAUGUAAAUUUAUAUGUAACAAUUUAGACCGAGGAGCUCAUUGUAAAUCGUGUUGAAUGGCAAAUGCACGCGUUAUAUCGCGUAAAUUGUACAUAGGACAUUGUAACGAUUACGAUUGACUAAUUAUUAUCGCGCGCGGUCGAUGGUAAAGAAAAAUAAAAAAAGGAUUAAGAAGGAGAAGGAUAGGAAUUGUUGCUAUGUCGAUAAUGAAAAACCAACAGUGCUAUUACACUAUUCGUCACCGCUGCUCUGCUAUUGCUAACUCUUACCACCUAUCACGAUUACAAUUAUUAUUGUAGUACAAUUUACGUGAACGCACGUUACUUACGUUUCGUUUUACAAUCGUGUAGGGAGGAAGAAGGAGAAAAAGAGAAAGAAGAAUAAACUGUGCAUAUGUUUUCGUGGUCUCAAUCAAACAUGACUGUGGCAUAUGUGUAUACGCAUGUACGGCCACCUGCAUACGAAAUACGCGCGGAGAGUUACACUAUAUAUUAUUAGAUUAUAUAAAUAGCGUAGAUCUGCGCGCGUAACAUUUUGCACGCGCACAUUCGAUAUGUAGGCGGAACGAACAUUACGUGCGUUAGAUGUACAGUAGCAUGUGUGUGCAACGUGCGCUCGAUGUGCGUGCACACACGCUCAUACGCAGAGAAAUACUGUGGCGACGCAAUCGGGAGGAUAUGUACUUAUCACUGAAUAUCGAUAUUAUUAAAUAUUAUUAUUAGAUAUCGAUAUUUUGAAUUAAAUCGGUAAUUUUAGAGAGAACGUUACUCCAAAAUCUUUAUUUCUCGCGGUAUAAGAAAGAUACUGAAGAGAAUUGAAAGGGCGCUUCUUAUAUUACUAGAUCGUACUGGCGGCUGAAACGACGACUAUUUUAUACUUGAAUGCAUGCCUGUAUAACGUGCUACGUACAGUGAAUAUAGAUUUUUGACAUUUUUGGAGUAAAACUUUUUCUAAAAUUUCUCGAUUCGAUUAAGAGACCAAUGAAGAAAUCGAAAUUUAUGUAAACGUAUGAUUUCAUCAUUGUGUUACAAUUGCGUUGAUUUUCAAGCACCGCACUCUGAAAGCUGACUUCGAACACCACAUUGAAAUUUAAUAGAUGCGACGAACUCAAUCACCCGUUGGAUUUUUAUUUUCAUUUAGGAUUAAGAAAAUACACUGACGCGUGACUCUGUAUGGAAAAGAUCGACUUAUAAUUAUCGGGUUCCGAGUACGAUCUCAACCAUAAACUAUUUUCCGAGUCAAAAAGCCAGAGAUCUAGGGCUGUAUAAGUCUGAGAAUCUAGGGCUAUAUUAAGCCUAAGCCCGGUGGCACAGCACUGAAGGACUGGGACAUCUUAAUAGGAGUCAGAGAAAUUCAUUAAAUUUAGAAAUCUAGAGACUGAUAAAGUCCCAUCCGCUUCCAUUAUUACUAUUCCUAUUCCUAUUACUACGCUAAUAACAUUAAAAGAAAUUGCAAAGCCUUACCAAAAAAAAA